UUUGAGAUCGCAAAAAAAGGAACUGUGUCGCAUAUGAAAGCAACGGAUAAAAGCUUCGGGGCAGAAAACAAUUGUAACGGAACGGUGCAUCCAAUACAGAAAACGGCGCCAAACUUGACACAGAUUAUGUCUUCGGAUGUGGAACAGGCCCCGAAGGCUCUACGAGGAGUCGUUGCACCUGCCGAGGGAUGUUUCUGGAUUAAAAGACGAGCAGGCCCUAUUACGAGCCGGUCACGAAAGAAGUUCACUCCUAUCGAAACCACCACUUCUGGAACGACCACCCUCAGCAGCAGAAGUAUGGAGACGACGACGGCGAUUCUGGUGUCACUAUUAUUGGUCACUCUGGGAAUGUCAGUAUGGGCCAUCGCAUCGGAUACGCCGGAUGUAAACAGUGUAAAUGUUAAGACGAAAGAUAUCUUUGACGAAGAAUCCACCAUUCAAUCUCGAAGCGAUUAUCCUGACUUAGAAGACCUGAGUACAUUUUUCGAUUUCGAAAUCGGUCCUACAAACGAGAAAGACCAUAUCCAUUCUCAGUCUCCCCCAAGUUCUUCAAAAGGAUCUAGUGUCACGCGGACGUAUCGUAACAAGCAUUACUACUACUAUAACUCAGGAGAUACUCAAUACCCCUCUGGCAGAUACUAUUCUGUUCCGAAGGAGAAGUUAGUGACUCCAGGAUCUCACUAUAAAUCUCCCACUGAAACAUCGACUAAAGCGAAUGAUUCUGAAUCCACUAUUAGUCAAGCAAUUGUGGGACCCUAUCAAGUAUCUGUGGUGGAUGCCAAAAGUCCCAUGCUUUCCAAACUCGGAUUCAGUCAAGAGGAUUUAGAAAGACUUUCUGGCUAUUCCAGACGUAGCACUACAAACUCAACAAUGCUCGAAUCUGAUUCAGUGCCACCGGCAACGUAUGCAGAGGAUCCUAGAUCGCACCAGCCGUACCCUGGAUAUCCCUCUUCACACUCCCAGCCUCCGAAAAAGCAUGCAGAACGUUAUGAAUCAUCUAAAUAUCCAUCAUAUUCUUCUAACAGACCAAUUGAAAGGGAGUAUAGGCCAAACGAAUACUAUCCGCCUGAAACUUCUACUCCACAUAGAGGAUAUUACAGUGCACCUCCUGCUAAUUCACAUCCUCCACCCCAAGGUUCAUAUGAUGCCAAAAGUUACAAGGCUGUUCAGGAUUCUACCCCUAGAGCAUAUUCAACAUAUCAUCAUCAACCUUCCAAUUACAAUCAGUAUCCUCCUCCUCCUCCACCACCAGCGCCUUCAAGUACGUCUUCUUAUUCACCAAAAAGAAGUCCAAGUGAACCUUGGAGGCACAGUCCUUCAGCCCACACAGACUGGGAUGACACUAAACCAAAAAAGCAAGAGAGUUGGCAAGGAGAGGGACCAUACCCACCUCAUCCACCGCCACUUCCAUACAGCAGUACUCCAUCGAAUUCUGAACCUCACCAAUCAAGACCUUCAUAUAACUCCCAACCUGAUAAACCAAGCCAUCGAUAUGCCACUUAUCACAAGCCCGAGGUCCCUUCGAAAUCAGGCUACAGCCCUUCAAGCAGUAUUUCAUCCAGUUCAUCAGACUACCACGUUCACAAGCCAAGCUAUUAUCCACCAUCUUCUACUUACUCUAGUUCCUCCAAAGUACCUUCAAGAUCUGGUUCUGUAAGCUAUGGUUCUUCUUCUCAUCAUCAUCCUCCGCCUGGUAAACCAGGAAUUACGAUACGUUUCAAGGCUAAGUCUCCCGGUCAUCAUGGACUAAACAUUCCUCUCAAUUUCAAUCCUUUAGAAGUGGUGAAAAAAUUAAUACCUUUAUCUGCCCUCAAUCCACUAAACAAUAAAAAAGUGACGAUAGGGAUUACUAUAGAAAAUAAAAAAGAGCACCAUGACUACCAUUCCUAUUGAAGAUCUCUGAGUGAAUAGUGUGAGAACGGAACUUCCACUGUGAUACUAAAUUACUGAAUCUAUGUUUUAACCAACAUGAUGCGUAUUACCAACAACUCUAAUAUUCACUGUUAAUAUAUGUGCCACUUUAUUCUUGGAACUGCUGUGACAAUAGAAGAUCAUUUGUCCAAAGCAUCUACAUAUUUAGGAUUAAAGAAAUUUUAUAAACUUCGAGUAAAGAAAUAAAUAAGUAAAUAAAACUUGGAAAAUGAUAAAGAAAUAAGAGUACUUACAUGCAUUUUAAUCAAGUAACUACGAGUAAGAAAGAAAACCUCCUUCUUACUAGAAACCUCAUUCUUAUUAUACGAGCAUUUGAACAAAACAAAAAGCUGAACAAGAAUAAGUCAAAAAGAAUCAUCCUGGUGCAAAUACGUUUUUAGUAAAUAAUGUAAUUGAUGCUUAGUUAUCUGUAAUACGUCAGAAUUAACUUUAACUAACGAAGUUUCUUGCUACAUAUUUCAGAUAUUUCAUAUAAUUUAUUUUUUCAAGGAAUACAUAUAAAGUCAGUAGUCCAAAGCAGUAAACGACAUUCCGGUCUCCUAAUUUGCCGGGCAUAAAUCUUUGCGAUAAUUUUUUGGGGAAAGUUGUAUUAUAGAUACUGUUUUUCUGCCGCUCUUGCCAUUCGACCUUGCUGAAUUCUAAAUCCACGUUAUCUACGUCAUCAUAUCUGUCACAGUUGUAAGAGGAUCGAUUGAUUUCGAUAUGCUUCAACAUACUUGGACUGGAUGUAUGUUGCGUGACAAAAGGGUCUCACACGGAGCACCUGUAAAGUUGCUCAUUUACACUAUUUCAACUCUGAGCCUAAGGAACGAGAACGAACUGGACGGCUCCACUUGAUGAAGUUCUGAAUGAAUUAGUUUCAUAAAGGGAAUAAUUCACUUUUGAAAUUUCGAAUGACAUCAUUAGACUAGGUUGUUUAUUUGUUUUAUGCAACAAAAUGCAUAUCUACUCUCUGAAAUCCGUGAGUGCAUUUUUACUUUUUAGAGAAGCCGUCAAGUUUCAUAAGCCCAAAGUUCUGCUAGUGUAAACGGACCUUUAUGUGGGUCAAAAGCUUGUAGAUUUAAAAGUUAAUUUGAUGCAUCACAUGUAAAUAUAUACUGAUCACAUUCUUUGCCAUAACCGUUUGCAACAGGAUGAUUCUCUUUGGCUGUGGCUUAGCACCGUAUUACCAGCCUACUUUAGAGUUACCAAGGAACUCUUCAUGUGAAAAAGAUGUAUGUAACUCAAUGACAGUUCCUCUGGAGUGCAUGUAGUACAUUACAAUAAUUGUGUCAUCAAGUGAUGAGUUUUAUAAUUGGAUUAAAAUAAUUUUUAAAAAGAGAGAGCUAAAAUUUAUCAAUCGAAUUGUGUAAAUGUUUGUCAAUUUAGAUUCUUGGAUAAAAGAUCUUCUGUUGUGUUAUAUAUUCAAAGAACACUUCUCAGUACGUUCAGCAGAAGUUGAAUGAUUGAUCUGGUAUCUUGUAUAAUAUAUUUCAAGAAAAAGAUAUUUAUAUAUAGAAAGACAUUCAUUUAUAAAUGUCAUAUAUUGAAACUUCUUGUGGAAUUUUUUUUUUUAUAUAUGCUAUUUUCUUGUUUUAGUUAUGUAGUAGAAAUGUCUUGAGAAGUUUUAGUUUCAAAAUUUAGUUGGAAGACAAUUACUUCAAAGCGGCGAUAUCUAAGCCAUCUGAAAAUACGGAAAGAAACUAUCGUUUCUUUAACCUAUUACUUUGCAAAAUUUACUUAUAAAGUAGAAGUUUAAAUGGCAAAGUUAAAAUUUUUGUUGUUAAGUUACUUUUGCAAAGGAACUCUCAUUAUGUUUUUAAUAAGAACUUUUUGUAGAGUCAAUUGAAUUUAUUUGAUAAAAAUUUGUGUAAAAAAUAUUGUAGAAUUAUUACUGAACUGAAUGUAAGAAAGGAUCAAUUGAUAUUAUUUGACCAAACGUUGUUCACGGUUUGUUUUCUUCAACAUUGUUUAUGCAUAUACACCGUCCGUUCAAAAAGUCCCGAGCCAGAUUUUCUUCCUGGCCUAUAAUCACAACUAGAAAUUUUAACUGGAAUAAAUCAGGGAAUGCGAUUUCCGGAUGUCAUAUAUCAGUUGUGCAAAAGGAUUUAGGUGUAAGAGGAUUGAUUGUGCAAGAGGAUUUCGUCCGGAAUGAUGGAAGGAGAGAGAUUUCUUCUUGAUGCACGACAAUGUGCCCACUCACACGGCUGGUAUUAUAGUGCAGAUUUUAGCGAAAAAACAUGCGCCAGUUCUUAACCAUCCUCCAUAGUCACCGGAUUUGUCGCCCAGUAACUUUUUCUUUUAUACCCGAAAAUGAAACUUCAUAUGAAGAUCCCCGCUAUUAUGACGUCACCGAUAAUCAAGCCACAGUGAUACGCAGGUUGUAUAGCAUUUCAAACAAGGACUUUCCUGGCAGUUUCAUAUGAUUGUAUGAACAUUCUGUAAAUUGUACUUAAAUGGCGGAGGGAGAUUAUAUAGAAUACUGAAGUAUUAAAAUGUUCAUCUUAAGUUCUCAUUAAUUCAGUUUUGGAAAUUUUUGGGCAGACAGUGCAUGUUGAAGAAUUUAAAAACUCUACAAUGUGUUUUCCAAUGAUGAGAAAAAAAAAUUUACUCCCUAAAAUUAAAUUUUAAAUAAGAAUUUACACUCAA